GCUGAGCUGGGCCCGAAGCGGCGGCGCCAUGGGCGGGUACACGGCGGACGAGAAGCUGCGGCUGCAGCAGCUCCGAGCGCUACGGCGCCGCUGGCUGCGGGACCAGGAGCUGAGCGACAGGGAGCCCGUGCUGCCUGAGCGGCGGCCGGGGCCUAUCGCCGCCUUCUGGGAGCGAUUCCUGCAGCCAGGCGGCCUAUGGAGGAUGAAGGUGUUCAGCGCGUACCAGACCGGCUGCUUCUUCGUGGGCCGGGUGCUGAUCCCCGCCUGGCUGCUCCACUACUACAUGAAGUACCACGUCGCGAAAAAGCCGUAUGGUAUCGUUAUGUCAAACCCACCCAUAUUCCCGGGUGACAGGAUUUUAGAGACUGGAGAAAUUGUUCCACCUCUGGCAGACGAAUCCUCUGGGCACCACUGAGAGCAGAAGGUCGACGUCCUGCACUAAUAAAGGCGAGAGCUGCAGCCGCCUGUUUUCUCUUCCAUAAAGGAGUCUUUACUGUCAUCGC